AUCAACAGAGCUCUGGGACUUAGGGUGUAAUUAAUAAAGUGGCCCCAAGUCAUAUUGGCUGCCUGAUACAUGGAUGCUUCAAUGCUUCUAUCCCUAAGCCUGAGCAAAUGUCGAUUGUACAGUGGCAAGAGCUGGGGUUAAAAAUAGGGGAUGAACUGAAAUUUCAAGUAUUGCACUUGGAUUCUGAUGCAGCUGGGGUGUUCUUCAUUCGAGGAGGACUCACUAAAAGCAGCAUGCAGCCCAAACGAUCGGAGACCGUCACUGACCAUACAAAUGGAGAUGAAAUUCAAAAGCUUGACCACCAGGAAAAUGGCUUGAAUGACUCUGGGAAAGAUAAUAUCACAGAGGAGCCUCUAGGUGAGACGGGUAACACUGGGACAGAAAAUGCAGAAGAGCAAAGUGUUGAUGCUGUGAAUGGAUUAUGUGAUGAUAAAAACAAGAAGAAGAAGAAGAAAAAGAAGAAGCAUGCGCAAGAAGAACAGGAACAUGUAUUGCCUGCCAGUGACUCCAGUGGUUACCAAAGUGACCAUAAAAAGUCAAAGAAAAAGAAAAGAAAGCAUUGCGAUGAAGUUGAAGAAAGUGAAUUAUCUCAACCGUCACAAGAACCCAAAGCUAAAAAGAAAAAGGACUAAAGUCUGAAGUGCCUUUCCUGAAUAAGAUUUCAGACGUUUUUGAUAAGCUUCCAAUAAAAUCCCAUUUUCAAAAUG